AUGGCAGCUUUGAAGCGAAUCAAGAAGGAACUGGAAGAGCUUGAGAAGGGCCUCAUUGAAAAUUGCUCAGGAGGUCCUGUCGGUGAUGACCUCUUCCAGUGGGAGGCUGUAAUCCAAGGGCCCGCAGAAACUGCCUAUGCGGGUGGACUCUUCUUCUUGAGCGUUUCCUUUCCCAUCGAGUACCCCUUCAAGCCUCCCAAAGUGCGCUUUACGACGAAGAUCUACCACUGCAAUGUGAAUUCGCAGCAGGGGAGUGAUUUGCAGCCUUUUCGAACGAUCAGUGGAGCAUAG